AUGCGAUCCAACGGAAACGGAAACAUAGCGCCCCCAGGCUCGACCUACAAGGACAAGCCGAGCGGGGCGCUCCUCACCGUCAACGCCAAAUGGAUAUCUUGGGUGCACACCACCGUCGCUUACACUGCCUUCAUCAGCGCGCUCCUUGUCGGUUGUUCGCUGCACUACCACAAGAUCGUCAAGAAUGAGUUCUAUGGCUACCCCGACGAGUGGUUCCCCUCGGUGUCGGCCACCAUCGGCGAUCGGUACCCUGAGCGAUCCUUUUUCCAGUUCUUUAUUGCGAUAACUUCGGGCCCGCGAUUCGCUUUGGUGGGACUCUGGUACCUGCUUACAGCAAAGCCCGGCAAGAUGCUGCCCAAGUUCGUGGGCUCCAUGGGGCUGCUCCGCACGAUUACCUGCGGCGGUUGGACUUACAUCACCUCGACCGACGACCAUGACUGGCACGACAUCUUCAUGAUUUCUUAUCUCGUUCUGACCAUCCCUUGGACCUUCGGGUGCCUUGCCUUGAGCCCGCCCAACGCCAAGGCCAUCAAGUACCGGAAGUAUCUUGCCACUGCUUUCUUCGGCACUAUUGUGCCCUUGAUCUACUUCUUCAUCCAGCACAAGGUCUAUCAUGUCGCUGGCGCCUACACAACCUAUGCGUUCUUCGAGUGGUCGCUUAUCCUUUUCGAUGUCGCCUUUGAUGCCGUGACCGCGCUUGACUUCGCCACCUUCGAGAUUGUGGUCAGGGACGUGGGGGGUCUCAGUCAGGGAGAGAACAAGUCGCGUGUCCCAACCAAAGUCCUGGAAAAGGAGAAGUCGAACGCUACGGGCGGGGUCUUUGAUGCAAAGUUCUCCUGGAAAGAGCUCUUUGAUACCGGUGCCGAAGUCUAUCAUGGCUUCGUCUUCUGGUCUAUGCUGACCAGUCUCGGCGUCGUCAUCUGGUACUUCCCCCUCUGGCACAUGGGCAUUUCCGGAUAUGAGGCACUCGUCAUGUCGACCAUCUCCCCUUUGUUCCUGGGAGUCAAAUCCAUUCGAUCUCUGGUGAUCAACAAUCUUCGAGUCUGUCAUUUCUUGUCACUGGCAGGCCUUCUCGCCUGGAUGAUCAAGGACCCUGCUUAUAGACUCUUCACCGUGGGUUUUGGUGUCUGGAUGUCAUGUCUGUCGUGGGCUGCCACCCUGUUCUCUGACAACGUUCACGAAGCUCGUUUAGAGUCCAAGAUCCUAGCUUGGACUGUUGGCCUGAUCCUAUCGUCAACGGUGAAGUUUGCUUGGUGGACGAACAAUCCUAUAUGGCCAAUUAUGCACGCUGCCAAUGGGGGCAAAAACGAGAUCGGCCUGGCAUUGGCAGUUAUGGCCGCCUGGAGAUUCACCCGCAGAGCUCCACUGAAUACUGGAGUCGCUCCAGACAACACGGUGGCAGGAUCGGCCUUUUUGUCGGCUCUCGGAAUCGGCGGCCUAUUCUUUGGCCUACAUUCUCUCCUGUCUGACACCAGUACCAUGAUCUUGUGGGUAUGGGAAGGUUAUCCCAUUAGGGGUCCUCUUUCCACAACACAUGGCUGGUUGACGGUGGCAACUAUGACCGCAGGCUUGUUAACCGGCAUUUCACAUCCCAGGCUUGUCAGCACCUGGUCAGGGUAUGGUAUAGGAUGCGUUGGCGCCGCUGUGCUCACCUCUUAUCACAACUGGCUCGGCUACUCAGGUGCGCUCUUGACAGCCUUCUACCUGACGGCUAUCGCUAGUCCUCUCUUGGCUCAAGCCGCCCAGAAACGUCCGGCCACGACGUUCGGCCUCGGGUUUCUCAUAUACAACUUUGUCGUCCUGUUCCACGUUUGGGUGGUAGCCUACGCCUUCGUACCCGGCGGUCCUCUCGUCCGAGAGCAUACCGAUUGGGUCAUGAUUACUAUGAUGGUCCUCAUAGGUGGUGGGGUUUGGAACUUGACAUCGACCAACGCGCGCCGCCGCGAAUCACGCAAACCGGUCCCUUCGCAGACGCAGCACCGUAAGUACCAUUCUUCAGCACUCGUCUUGAUCAACGUCUUCUUCCUUAUCUCGGCCUACUUCCGCUUCCCGACAAACGACUACAAGCCCUAUCACGAGGACUCACGUGUUCUGACCGCUGGUAUUUGGACCAUUCAUUUCUCCCUCGACAACGACAUGUAUUCAUCAGAGUACCGAAUGCGUGACCUGAUCAAGGAACUCGAGAUUGAUGUCGUUGGUCUCUUGGAAUCCGAUCUUCAGCGCAUCAUUAUGGGCAACCGAGACACAACUCAAUUCCUCGCGGAAGAUCUCGGCAUGUAUGUCGACUACGGCCCGGGUCCUAACAAGCACACAUGGGGUGCUGCACUUCUGUCCAAGUUCCCCAUACUUAACUCAACACACCACCUGCUGCCCUCUCCCGUCGGCGAGCUCGCACCUGCAAUCCACGCCACUCUCGACUGCUACGGCGAGCUGGUCGAUGUUUUCGUCUUCCACUCGGGCCAGGAGGAAGACCCGGAGGACAGAAGGCUGCAGAGUGAAUACCUAUCCAAGCUGAUGGGCUCGUCCCCGCGCCCCAGCAUUCUGCUCAGCUACUUGGUCACGGAGCCGCUGCGCGGCAACUACAACACCUAUGUCUCGCCAACGUCGGGUAUGCACGAUGUCGACCCCAGCGACUGGGAUCGCUGGUGCGAGUACAUUCUCUACAAGCGCCUGAACCGCGUUGGGUACGCGCGCGUCAGCCGGAGCACCAUCACCGACACGGAGCUGCAGGUCGCCAAGUUCGUCGUGCCCAAGGGCGACGCGGAGAAGGCCACUGUAGCGGCCUUGGAGUCGGAUCAGCAGCUGCGGAAUCGCAAGGUCAAGGAACAUGAAGUCCCCGAAGGCUGGAGGUUCCCUGCUAUGUUCCGGGGUAAGGGCGUCCGUGACCACAGGUACCAUGUGUUCGACGAGCCGUUGUACUACAAGCCGGAGUGA